AUUAAGGGUACGUGGUUGGUAACCAACAGUUUAGAAGUUUUCGCUCUCACGUAGAGACGUUAGUUAGCUAAUAAUAAACAGACACGCCGGAUACCGAUGAUGCUUCCUCGCCGGCAGGACUACGGAGUGAAGAGGACCGGAGGAGGCUCGGUGAUAAACUUCAGGACGACCAUUAACAGCUCGGGAUCUAUCAGCCGCAGCUCCGCGGUGCUGCCGUCGGUGCUCACGUUCCUGGUGAUCGUCGCGUCCGGAGGCCUGCUGCUCAUGAUAGAGAAAGGAAUGCUGAACAGCAUGGAGACGCCUCUUAGUCCUCGGGGUAACAACGGCAAGAGGGUGGACUUCAGAAAGCUCGGACCGGCGGCUGAGGACGUGGACUCACAGAUCCUCCAGGAGAUCCGUAACCGGACCAUCAGGACCGUGUGCAGCCAGAAGAACAUGCCCCACAGCGUCUGGUCCCUGAGCCCUCUGCAGAGGAAGACGCUGCUGCAGCACGUCCUGGUGAACGACCGCUACCACUUCCUCUACUGCUACGUGCCCAAGGUGGCCUGCUCCAACUGGAAGCGGGUGCUGAAGGUGCUGAACGGAGCCCUAGAGAGCGUGGACGUCAACAUCAAGAUGGACCACCGCAACGACCUGCUGUUCCUGUCCUCCCUGAAGCCCGAGGAGAUCCGCUACCGCCUCAAGUACUACUUCAAGUUCAUGUUCGUACGCGAGCCCAUGGAGCGCCUGCUCUCCGCCUACAGGAACAAGUUCGGGGAGAUCGAGUCCUACCAGAAGAAGUACGGCGUGGAGAUCGUGAAGCGGUACAGGAAAAGUCGCGCCAAGGACGCGUCCGUGAAGGGCGACGACGUGACGUUCGCCGAGUUCGUCCAGUACCUGCUGGACGAGGACGCGGAGCGCAUGAACGAGCACUGGAUGCCGGUGUACAACCUGUGCCAGCCCUGCGCUGUGUCCUACGACUUCAUCGGCUCCUACGAGCACCUGGAGAGAGAUUCGGAUUUUCUGCUGCAGCACGUCGGGGCGCCGCCUCACGUUCGCUUCCCGGAGAGGCAAACGUGGUACAAGCCGGUGACGGUGGAGACGCUGCACUAUUACCUGUGCGGCUUACCGCAGAAGCUGCUGAGGGAACUGCUGCCCAAGUACAUUCUAGACUUCUCCCUCUUCGCCUACCCUCUCCCCAACACGACCACUGAACACUGCCGGCAUUAGAAAUGUGCAAUAUUUUAUAGUGAGAUUUUGACAAUUUUUUAAUAUUCUUUGGGAACAAAGGGUUUUUAUAGCCGUUACACAUUUUUACUUGAGAUGUUUCCUCAAAACAAAUUGACCACAAACCACUAAAGCUUGAAAUCAGCUGAAUACAAAGAAUUAAAAAACGUUUUCCUGUCGUGCACUGUUACAGUAAAAGAACCAAUGCAGUAUAUAAACAAUGAUGUAAAUAAGGUUGCGAGAACAAACGUUGUAUUUUGCCUGUUUCUUCAUCUACACGUUGAGGAAGUCAAAGGGUUAAUAGCUUCUGUGGGCAUUCAGUGUUUCUUUGUUUCAUGUCACCGCCUCUCCUAAAACUUUGGACUAUUUACUUCGAAAUAAAACUCAAGUUGAGCACAUUUCUGUAAUUUUUGUAUCGCUUUAUUUUAUGAAUAAUUUAAUAAUUUAAAAAACAAAAACAUGAAGUGUAAUACACGUAACCACAGGGCUGAACUUCUUUCUUCUUGCUACGUAUAAUAUGAGGUUAUAGUUGCUGAGGACUAAAUUCAUUUCAGAAAGAACUCUCAAAGCGGGAUCCUAAUUUUGAAGAGCGGACACUUUGCAUCCAGUUGAGUCAACGACAAGUUGGACAGAAAAAAUACUAAAUGUGUUUGAAUGUUUCGCACAUUCAUGAUUUCACAAAGGUCGCUGGCGGGUACGGAGACUCACGGAGACUUUCACAAUUCAUGUCCAGACUUAAACUUAAAGCUGCUAGUGGUUUCUGACUCACGCAUCAAAUCCUCCACUCGUCUGUCUCUCUAGUCGUUAAUCCUUGAAGCUCACACUUCUGAAAGAGAAAGCAAAACAUAUUCUUUUUAAUAUUUUCAAAGAGCUUUUGAUGAAAUCAGGCUGAAGUAUUUAUACAAAUACUUAUGACUCAACAUUUAUUUUGUAUCCAAAAGCUGUGCUUCCUGUUUAAAGGAUUACAUUUGUAUUCAUUUUAAACUUGGACCCUAUUUUCCCACGUUUCUGUGUCUAAGUGACUAAUGUGGACAACAGCAUUGAGUGACAAACACAUGAGAAAAUACGGUCCAGGUUGAAACACCAGCGUUAAUUCCCUGGAUCGCAAAUCUAAACCAAAAACAACGAGCUCUAAAAAACACGGCAGAAUCAUUUUCAUGUCCGAAGCCUUACUUGUCCGCCGACCUGUCCGCCGACCUGUCUGCCGACCUGUCCGCCGACCUGUCGGUGGAGCGGUUCAGAGUUCGGAGGAUGGAGCGCUCUGGGGAGGUGUGAUGGGAACCGGCGGAGGCGUCGAGGGACAUCGAGCUCUGCAGCGACGAGAAGGACAAUCCCUGUCUGCGCAUCUCCUGCACGGCUCGUUCACUGAGGACGCAGAGACGAUCAGACAGUGUUACGUCCUUGUUACUACAACGUGUAUUAAAGAUACAAGUACCUACUUGUAAAUGACUGUAAGACACUUAUGAUAAUCAAUAAAGUCAUUGAGUCAUUUUCUUUUUAAAAAGUCGUGAAUAAUUGCAGUUUGUUGUGUGUAUUAUAUGUAAGGAAGUGGAGUAUCGUUGGGACAGUCCGUCUGACUGAUUUGACAAGAAAGUUAUUAAUUUAUGUAAAAUGAAUCCUU